CGACAGCACAAGAUAGAGUUCAAUUUGCUGGCAGCCAACCAACCAAACCAAACAACAACCACCACACCCACCACCAUCCUUGUUGCUUGCUUGCUUGACUCCUCGUCCUCCAUCAUCACGCUCACACUCCUCACCUUCACCCCCACGCUCCCCCCACACACACGCUCCCCACACUCCUCACGAUGAAGCCGCCGGUGCCUGAGGUGAAGGUGUCCCGGCAUGCGCUGUUCCUGACGCUGUCUUCGUUGGCGGUGGCACUGUGCGUCACGGUGAUUGCACUGGACUUUGCCUUGCUCAGCGUCUUCUACCUGAAGGUGCGAGACUCCUUCUACCACUUCCAGGACGUCAAGGAGUGCCCCGCAGCAAACGCCGUGCUCUGCUGCAGCGCCGUGCAGCAGUGCCCCUCGCAUCCAAACGCCACCCAGUGCGUCGACGACCACAGCUGGUCGGGAAACUGCUGCGUGCGCACGGACGACGUGGGCCUCUUCUACGUCGUCGCCGUCCUCUUCUUCGUCAUCUUCGUCGUGCAGGUGCUGGAUCUCGCCACCAAGGUCGUGCAGUGCCGAAACCCAUCCGAGCACGUCCUCGUCAAGUUGUGGGAGGUCUUGCUGGCGCUCAUUUCCCUGGGCAUCGCCGUCGGCCUCGUCGUCAUCUCGUCCGUGCUGAGCGGGUCCACCGCGCCCUUCUGCUACUCGGACGACGUCACGCAGAGACAGCUGCAGGCCGCAUUCGGCGGCUUUGUCAACCUGUUCCAGCUCAGCAUUGUGGAGGUCACCCUCAUCAGCAUCCUCACCGUGCUGGACUUUGUGCUCGUCUUUGGGAUCGUGCGCCCCAACAUGGAGAGGGUGCGGGAGAGGCGAGAGCGCAAGAAGCAGCGGCGACGGGAGCGUAGGGAACGACGAAAGCGUGCCAAGCAACGCGGAUCCGAUGCUACUAGUAGUGUUGAUGUUGGCAACGACGUCGUCUACGAUAUUGGUGAUGCGGAUGACGAUGAUGAUGAUGAUCACAAGGCGCUGGCAGAGACGACGCUCGAGAACAUCAGCGAUGCCGAUGACGAUGAUGGAGAUGGUGGUGGUGACAAUGACAUCAACCGCGGUGGUGCGCGGGGAGACAUGAUGGGCGAUGAUGAGGAGGACAUGGGCAUGGACAAGCCCCUCACAGAGAAGGUGGAGGGGUUUGGAAGCCACUGAAUGCUCGACGUGUGUGCUUGCGUGUGUGCGUGUGUGCUUGCGUGUGUGUGUGUGUGCGUGUGUGUGUGUGUCUGUGUGUGCGUGAUGUGUGUCUGUGUACGUGUGUGUGUCUGUGUCUGUGUCUGUGUUGAUGUAAUCGUGCAUUACUUUGUUUCAAAUGUGCGCGUGCGUCGUUUGUGCGUUGUCCCUCCUCCUGACUGUAACCGUCAUGACACUGUUGAUCAAUGCUAUGCACUGCACUCUUUUGUUCUUGUGUACAUUUGCAGAUUGCACAGCCCUCAACACGUUAUACCGACCUGUGCGUAUGUGUGUGUGUGUGUGUGUGUGUGUGUGUGUGUGUGUGUGUGUGUGUGU